UACAAUUAUUUCCUGCCAUGAUUUCGCCUCUGCUCACAUGCAGUACCUCCAGAAUGCCCAAAGGAUCAAUGCUCAAAGGCAAUGAGCAGUAGAAGAGACUUCCGUUGUUUAUCAUGGUGCCACUGAAGUCUUCUGGGGUUGACAGAUGCUGCUCCAGAAGGUUAAUAAGAUGAAGAAAGCUCUUCUAGCCGGACCGUAAGAGGGAUUAUGUCUGAGGAGCAGAUAAACAGAUUAUUCCAGAAACAGACACUGCUUUUUUUUAAGACUUCGUCACUCUUGUCUUACCCCUCCAGCUCCCCAGGCUAAGUGUGCGUGUUGCAGGGGUUUGCCCAGCUCCAGCAUUCUGGCACCUGUUGCACUCUUUGCUUAGUUGCAAGUCAAUGCAGUACGAGGCUGGGAUACCUGAAAAAAAAAAAAAAGGGAAGAUUUGUGGGAACUUUAUUUAGUUCUUUAAGGAAAAGAAAAUUAUUUUAAUUGACUUAAAUAUUUUGAUUUCCUGCAUUAUUGAUCUUGAAAACUGUGAAUGAUCAGUAGACAGCAUGCAUUUGAAAAUUGGAUUAAUAUUUUUGAUCAUUUGCCUUGCUCUUCAAGUUCAGGGAAGCAGAGAAAUCCCUAAUAAACUAAACCGUGGUGAAGCCAAACAUCUUGCAGAGGCCUCAGGGUCAGAAAAAACAGAAAGAACAACAAAGAGAUCCAGAAUAUCAACCAUAAGGCGGAUAUUUGACAUGGCAAAGCACCGAACAAAGAGGUCAUCCUUUUUCUCAACUGGUGUGAAAGUUUGCCCACAAGAAUCAGUGAAGCAGAUUUUGGCAAGUCACCAAGCUUACUAUAGAUUAAGAGUCUGCCAGGAAGCUGUGUGGGAAGCCUUUCGUAUUUUUUUUGACCGGAUUCCUGAUACUUCUGAAUAUCAGAACUGGGUUACUGCCUGCCAGAGGGAAACUUUCUGCAUAUUUGACAUUGGCAAAAACUUCAGCAACUCCCAAGAGCACCUGGAAAUAAUCCAACGGCGAGUAAAACAUAGAACCUUCCAGGAAAGGAAAGAUGAAAUAUCCACAGAGAAAACAGGUGGCAAAAAGCUAGAAGACAUUCCUUCCAUUCCUACAGGCUUCCCUGGCACAUCCAUGACUCCAUAUGUAACUGCACCUAAUGGCACGCUGCUCAACGAAAUUGUUAAUGACACGAAGAUUCCUAUGAAGGAGCUGGGAACAAAUACAGUCCCAGAACUGCCUGUGGAGCAAAUGGUAGAAUUCAGUGUCACUCUCACUGACCAGGAGUACACAGCUGAACUUAAUGAUCCCAACUCCCCACAGUACAGACAACUAGCUGCAAAAUUUCAGCUACAGAUGCAAAAAAUAUUUGAGAAACUUCCAGGAUUCAAAGAAAUCCACGUGUUAGGAUUUAAACAGAAGAAGGAGAAAGAUGGGUCAAGCAGCACUAUAGCACGAUAUGUGGUAAACUUUGAGAGAGAUGGCUCAGAAAUCAGAAGCACAGUAGGUGACAUCUCAACUAUUGGAUCUAAUAAGGUUGAAAAUGAAAACAUUCCACUUUCUCCAAAGGAAGAGAGGGAGAUAUCAGCAACUAAACUCACAGUAACAGACCUCCAGCAACUGGUUGCCAUAGCACUCCACGAAGACCAGUCCCUGCCAGUGGACCUUGGAACACUUCAGUUUACUGAUGAAUCUAUUGGACCAUCUAGUGAUUUUGAUAAUGAUAUCCAGGCCAUGGUCACUAUUCCUCUGGCAGGCCCUGAUUUGGAGGACUCCAUGAGCGUGGAACUCCCACUGGGCUACCCUAGCCCAGCAACAGUGGGCCAAACUGGAGACAUCCUGUUCAAUGAAUUUACAACUGGAAUCCCGGUGCGAAGUGGAGACAUCAGUGAUCCUGAAUACUUCAACAAUUUUGUUUCAUCUGAACCUGUGUUCCCUACCAAACCUUCCAGAGAGCCAUUUCGGGAGAAAUCUACUCCAGACACAGAAGAUAUCUCUGCUGACCACCAAAGUUUCACAGUGCCUUUCAGUGCUCUGGGUAGCACUGGUAGUCCUUCAAAACCAGAGGAUUCCUAUUUGCCUCCUCCAGCAGAUGAUUCUGCUAGCAGUGACUUAAUCACUGAUGGCUAUGAGUCUCCAGUGGAGCAGGCCACCACACUGGCAGUUUAUACCACAAGUAGCUUUAUCCCACCUAGUCUUCUGCAAGAAAGAGCUGAAGCUGCAGAUACAACAGGAUCACCUUUCAAGGAAGCUGACCAAGACAGUCUGUCUGGACAAGCAGUUAAGAUCAUGGAUGAACCAGAAUCAUCAGGUGAUGACAUUUUAGUGCCAGCCAGCACUUACGAAACUUUGCCUUUCCUUAUUGGUUCAAGUGAUCCCUCUACCACGCAGCCUGAAGACGUUAUUACAGCUGUGCUACCAUCAGAUCAAACAGCACUGCUGCCUUCAGCAACCAGCCCAUCCUACAGCCUCUCAGAGAUCAUCGAACAGUCCCUUGAGGUACCGGACUCCACAGUGCCCGGGACAGGAGUGCAGGAUAUUGCUGCAGAGUUAGAUCACAUUGGUGUGAUGAGCACAGCCACACUGGAUGAAGUGGAGCAUGGCAGCGGUUAUAUCCCAGUGCUGACAACUGAGCCUGCAGAAGCCACCCCAGCUCCUACGCUGAAAUAUGUAACUACCAGCUCCAUGACAACCGCAGCCAAAGGCAAAGAGCUAGUGGUUUUCUUCAGCCUGAGGGUAACCAACAUGCACUUUUCUGAUGACCUCUUCGAUAGGAGCUCGACAGAAUACAAAGCGCUCGAACAACAGUUCAUGCAAUUGCUACUUCCAUACCUUCAGUCCAACCUGACAGGUUUUAAGCAACUGGAAAUACUUAACUUCAGGAAUGGAAGUGUGAUUGUGAAUAGCAAAAUGAAAUUUGCCAGGACAGUGCCAUACAAUAUCACAGAAGCAGUACAUUGCGUUUUGGAAGAUUUCUGUGAUGCUGCAGCCCAGCGCCUCAAUUUGGAGAUUGACAGCUAUUCCCUGGAUAUUGAGCCAGCUGAUCAGGCAGACCCGUGCAAAUUCAUGGCAUGUGACAAGUUUUCCGAAUGCAUAAUGAAUGAGUGGACCAAAGAGGCCGACUGCCUCUGUAAACCUGGUUACGCAAGUCAAGACGGAUUACCCUGCCGGAGCCUGUGUGAGCUAGAACCGCAACUUUGCAUCAACGGGGGGAAAUGUGAGUUAGUUCCGGGAAGAGGAGCUGUCUGCAGAUGCCCUGUACGUAGACAUGAGCUUUACCAAGGACAGCGCUGUGCAAAAUUUGCUCCAGAACCCACACAACCCUUCAUUUUUAAACCUCUCCUUGGCUUACUAAGCCUCGUUUUUCUUGUCAUCAUUUUAAUUAUUAAGUUAAGAAGAAAAAGCAAACGAAACUCUAAUUUGCAAAGUCCUACUCUCAACAGCUGCAGUUCAGAAAAUGCUAUAAGGAUUAAUCCUGCUUUUGAGCACAAUGAACCCAUAACUACCUUUUGUCACACGGCUUGCAGUGUAAGUGCUUGUCUCAGUUCCUCAGAGAUUAUUGAUCAUGAAGCAUUACACGAACUCGAAAACACAAUACAGCCUGGAGGUCACCAGAUGAGGUUACAAAGCCAAGACUGACAAGUUAGUCUCUGAAAUUCUUCAUUUCCAGCAUCAGCCAGAUAAAACCAAGGUAUUAAAGAAAAGAAGGUCUGCAUGAUUCAAGCCUGGACUUCAGGUUGACUAUGCAUAUGAAAAUAAUUCAAGGAUUCCUAAAGACGCAACAUUUUAGCUCUAAAAUCAGUACACAUUUUUUAAAAAGUUUUAUUAAAGAUGACCCAAUUGACCAGCUAUUUGAUCACGUCUCAGCUUUGCCUAGUCAGAAGUCACCAGUGUUAAGACACCAACAUUCAGCCUCCACUGCUUGCACAUCUUAUUGGUGUUUUUAUGUAAGAGCCAAGUGCUAGAAACAGGUUUUGCAGAGAAGUUGUUUCUUUCAGUACUGUAUGUCACAACCAUUCUGGCAAAACUGGAUGAAACUUUACAUGUCUAUGCCCUUUUCUUAUCCUCCCUUACAUACACCAACGUAAAAGGCAAACACAGAACCAAGAGCUGGGUGAACCAAACACCAACCCAAGGCCACAUGAAAAGUGCUUGGGAACUACUUCACUCUGUCUCUCUACAGCACUCACACCGCAAAUCACACAGAAGUUGGGAUUAAUUUUUUAAUGGCUUCUAGGAACAUCAGGUUCCUGUUUUUCUGUAAAAACGAAUUAUUUAUCCAUACAUAGAUACAUACACACUUCACUGUUUAAUUUCUGGUGACAGUUAAACUGCCAGCUUAUCCUAAUACGUCAAACUUUUUGCUGAGGCAUGACACCAGCAGUUUCACCUUUUCAGAACAUGAGAUUCCUAUUCAAAAGUACCCUCCCAGGAGCACGUAGGUUACAGAACCGUACAUGAGCAUGCAUGCUUUGAACUUGGUAUACAUAGGAAUGAUUUUGAAAGGUUACUCUUAGUUUUUUUAGAAGGAAUCUAAGCAGACAAUGUGUGGCCAUUAAGUAUUUUAUAGGCUUAGUAAUUUAUGCUCUAUGGAUGCGCAAUCCUGAUUCACGUACAAGUAUUAUUUUACCUAGAAUAUCUUUUUCUUGAGUAUAUCUGUAUUUAUGUCAUACCAGUGUUGUACAAUACCCAGCCAAUACUUGCUGCUUGGUGCAUACCAGAAGUUGUACUUACAGCUCAAACUGAGCUUCUACAAAGUUCAUGAUUAAGCUGAAUGCUAGCUCCUCAUUCAGAUGGGAAACUUUCAUGCAUCCAGAACAGCAGCUGAUUUUAGUGACAAUUCUUUCUGCUUCAUACCACACAGAUACCACAGCCGAGACUGAUCUUUGGUUUACCGUAUUAUCUAUGCUCAAAAGAACUGUGCGAUUCCAAACAAUUAACUGCAAAGAUCUGCCUGCAAAACCACCACAGCUGGUGACUGUGUAUAAAUGAAGGCAAUGCAUCAAGAAUACAAGGUUGAGUUUUUGAAACCCAAGAUGUGGUUUUACACAGUUAUGCUAGAAUAAAAUUCUACAAAUACUUCUGGCAGCGCACUGGAUGUCAUCCCUGCCAACAAACACUAGCUUUUCACUCUUGCUCACCUAAGUUAAGAAUGCAUUAAGAAUGCUGAAAGCAUUCGAUUUUUUUUCACCACAAAUGUAUUUUUGUAUGUGUUUAGUGUAUUUCAAUUUGUACUAGUUAUCACCAGUCAGAUUAAAAAAUUAGUCAUUUUAAAAGGUGUAUUUUAAUAAUGAUUAUUCAUGACCGUAUUUAUCACUCUCAACUAUUAAUUACCAAAUAUAUUUGCUGGAUGUAUGCCUUUUGUAUUUCAAUAAAAUAUAAUAAAACUAUUUACUUGAACAUUUCA